AUGCAUUCCAACACCAAGAAGUGGAAGGCACCCAGAGUCAGAGCCCGUGAGGAGGGCCAACGUAAGCUCAAAGGCAGGAAGCAUCUCUGCCCCGAGUCACCAUUCUUCACAGAACACUUUAACUUUCAGCAACAAGCAACAAAGAUGGCCAAGGAGAAAGAGAUGUAUCUGGAGAGACAUCAAGCUGUCGACAUCCCGAUUAAGCCUUUCGGUGGCAAGAUCUUUGCCCCGGUACUCCUUGAGAUCUUCGACGAAGACUACCAAUACAUCAAUGCUGGUCCUCUGGAGGGAAAGUUCUUACAGACCACUUGUAGUCCUGUGCUGUGCAUGCCAACCAUCUGGCAGAAGGACUAUGAGCACAAUAAAUACUUUGUGUACCCUGCCGACGUAUAUGCCAACGCUCAAGCCACCUCGACCGUCGCCCUCUUUCCUAGCUUACAAGAGCUCAAAUUCGAGGGCAAUGACAGAAUUGCUAGCAAAGACAUUCAUCGUCGUUUCUUUCCUGCCCCUCGAUACCCUUGCAAUCAGACUAUGAACUGGACGGUCCGACCUUACCUGAAGCCUCACGAAUUUGACGAAAUCAUGGAGAAUCACAUUCCCACCGAGGAGGAGAUUCUCACCUACGAUUGGGAGAUUGGUCUCCCGAAUGAUGAAGAUCUUCAAACCGGUCUUCCAGUUCCUGACAAGAAAGAGAACGGCGACUUUGAGCACACGACUAAGUCGAAGAACGACAGUGUAGGGGACACUACCAAGACGGAGAAAAAUGAUGCGGACGACACUACCAACGCGGACCCAUACGACGGAUGCAAGGCUGCUCGUCUGCUCGGUCACGACCUUCUCGCAGCUCUCGACCCUCAGAACGCCUAUUUUUGA